ACAGUCGCUCCUUCUUCCACACGCGGCUCCAGAAACGUUUUAUUUCUCUCCCGUGUCGUGUAAAAACGGACUGAAACACGUGGCGUUGUGUGGACAGGGUUCGGGUUAUGACGGAGGUGAGGGAGUGCGUUUUGUCGGCCGGCAGGACCGUGCUGGAGCUGCUGGAGCGGGACUGGCAGCCGCUGUCCGCGGCCGAGCUCGACCUCCGGCUGGACCUGAAAGCCGAGGAGCUGCUGGAAGAGGAGCUGCUCUCCAAGCUCCAAACUCCUGCUGUCUACCUUCACUUAGUACCGAGUCUAACCCAGGCCGAGGUUCAGGCUCCGAACACACGGACAGCGUUACCCCGCUCCCCCGAGGAAGGCACGUUAGAACAACUGCAGACUGUAGAUGGCGCUGUCGUCCAGUACGUGACAGACCUACUUCAACGCACCAAAUGUAGGACUCGCAUGGCAGGACGGGCUCACUUGUCCCUGUCCCACACAGUCCUGCUGUCUCUCACUCUGCUCUCCAAUUGUGUCAGCUAUCGCAUGGUGUCCAGCCGCUUUUGCCUGGAGAAGGGAAACAUCCACAGGAUCUUCUUUUCCUUCUGCGAGCGCAUCGGCACGCUGCAGGACACACUGAUCUGGUGGCCUCUCGGUGCAGAAGCUGUGCAGAUACUUUCACCUUUUUCCAGUCUGCUGGAAAACGAGAAGGGACAGGAAGAGGAACAAGGUGCUCCCCGGGUUCUAGGAGUGUUGGGACACACCUGCAUCCCAACCCGCACACAUUUAGGGAAAGCUGGUGCGGGGAGCUUCAAGACCAAUGCCUAUCCUGACUCCUGGUUAAACGUGGAGAUCGUGUGUGACAGAACAGGCCGAUUACGGCACUGUAGAGUCAGUAAGGGAUCAGAUGUGGACAGAGCCGGCGCUCUGAGAGACAAACUCAGAGACAAUCCUGAGCUGAUGCCUCCGAGCUCCUACCUGGUGGCCAGAACCGGGUACCCGCUGACGGCUCAGAUUUUGACUCCGUACACAGACAACCUCAGCCAACAAGAGGAGCUCUUCAACAAGACACUGGAGACACAUUUUUAUAUUCUGGAUCGAGCCGUAUCCAGUCUGAGAACCAGAUUCCAGAGGCUCAGGUAUCUGGAUGUGGGGAGCUGCGAACGAGCCAGAGCUGUUGUGCUGGCCGCCUGCGUGUUACAUAACAUUUGUCUGGACAUGGGGCAGUCACUGCAAGGAGACUUGAACAAGGAGAGAGACAUGAUCCAAGAUCUGGAGGGGGAACAGGAAGACGAGGGUGUAAGGAGACGUGACGUCAUCUCAGACUUACUGUAUAAAAAUCUUAACUCUGGACGUGUGUGAUGUGGUUUGAUUCAAGACUUGAACAAAUAAA